AUGAAGUCGGCCAAGGCGUCCGCCGUGGAGGCGCCGUCGCACCGGAGGUCGCAGCCUGUCCGCCAGACGCGCACGAAUCCUCCUCGCAGCUCGGCGACGGCUGGCCGCUCCGGGCCCCGAGACUCGCUGGGCGGCCCAGCUGGCGACCAGCCCAUUGACAUCUUCCCUGCCAUCACCCACUUUGCCGACACCAUUACCGCCCUGCCCAAGGAGCUCGUCCGCCACUUCACGCUGCUCAAGGAGGUCGACGCCAAGAUAUUCGCUCCCCAGGAGCAGCUGUUCAAGCUCGUCGCCUCUGCGAGGGCGCUCGCCGUUCCCGAGGCGCGGGCGGACAAUGACGCCUCGAGCACGGCGGUUCCGCAAUCCGCGCCUAUGAGCGCCCAGGCGAGCUCCAACGGGGUUGCCCUCAACCAGCAAAGCCAGUCCGUGGCGUCGACCGACGAGGCCAGCGGCGGCGUGUUCGAUCCCUCCAACCUCCACCGCCGCCAGCUGUUCCGCCAGACCGCGAUCAAAAUACAAGAGAUGCUCGUGUCGCUCGAGGAGAAGAACCACGUUAUCUCCACGGCGAACGAGGCGCUGCAGAGGCAGCUGGCUCGGGUGGAGGACGUGUGGCCGUAUCUGGAGAAUGAGUUCAGCGACGAGGCCAAAUGGGGGAGCACUACCCACUGGGCCUACCCCGAGAAUCGCAACAGCAAGGCGGCGCAGGCGGCUGAGCGGUCCAGACGCGAUGGCGCGGCGGCCAUUUCGGCGGCCGCACAGGCUCUGGCGGAACAGGCGGCCGCCCGGAGCGAUGCUAGGAAGCAAGCCGUGCAGGCCAAGAAGAGCCAAAAGACGCACGCCGUCGACUCGGAAGCCGAUGACCAUGACGGUCGGAACAAGGACGGCGCCAAUAAGAAAUCCAGCUCGAGCAAAGUUCGGAAGACGGCCGAGAGCAACAAUGUCGGCUUAGGCAUCACCACCGGAGGCUCUUCCAACGGCAACCCGCCGCCGAAGAGGCGCAAA